AUGCCUUUAACAACGCUGGAUGAAAAUCAAAGAAAUGCUAAAGAAUCAUUACAUUUAUGGCUGUCUGAAACACAACUUAAUCAACUAUUGGAAUACAACUUUUUGGAUAGUUAUCGUGCUCAAGCAGGUCAAGGGAAGAGUAUAGCUGACUUAACCUGGGACACUAAUCAUACUCAAUCUUAUCAAAGUUUAUGCUUUUGGCCAGAUUCAGUUUUACCGCAACAAACCUGUUGUACAUUCCAAAUGGAAUUGGGAUUACUACAGAGGACAACAGAAGAAUUACAUCAAAGUCUGUCAAAUUAUUUGGGUCGAUGGCAUAAAGAACUGUUGUCACUACGGACUGCACUGAGAGAUGAAGUGAUUCAAAGCCUUGAAACAUUGAAAAUCACACUGAAUCAAACCUUGUGUUCAUAUGAAUUACUAAAACCGGUCAAAGAAUUCGCACAAGCUAUUUCAUCAAAUCGUUCAUGGAGUUGUUGGCAGCAUACAGUGGAGUUGAUCUCCAAGCUUCGUUUAGUCCUAGAACAAUCCUUUAUAACACAAGAUGAUAUUAUCUUGGAUCUAAUGUUCCCCAUUGAUAAUUUUUUAAUGCAAUCACUGUUGGAAACAUCGUGUCAAACGCAUAUUACAGAUACAAAGAAUAUUCAAGCUGAAGAGCUGGAUGAAAAAAUCAAAUGUCAUGAAUACUGUCAAGCACGAUUGAAUUUGAUUUUCGAUUCAUUGACAGGGCAUUCAGACCUACCUUCAUUAACUAGGAAAUCAAGAAAUUUACUUGUGAAUAAUAAUAACAAUAAUAAUAAAGCCAGCAAAAAUACUCUGUCAAGGCAGUCGAAAUCAUCACAGGUGAAUAAAGACGAGGAUGAAUACACCAUGGGCAAUGAAAUCAGAACAUUAAGACGGAGAAAUACCAAAUCUCAGUACACUACACCUACUACUACGACUAACAAAAACAACAAAAACAAUAAUAACAAUAAUAAUGAUUCAAAUCAAAUUGUUGAUGCUGAACAGUUCAGAUUAUUAUAUAGACCAGAAUUAGUGUUUACAUUUAGACUUAAUCGAAAACUUAUUCAAUCAUUGGAGUUAGGUGAAUCAUUGAUCGAUGGAUUGAAAAAUUUUAACAUUGCUCAAGGAACGUGUAUGCGAAAAUUAAUGCGUAUGCAUCAUUGUGCUUUAUGUGCAGGCGAAACUUUAUCAAGACCUUGUCCUGGAUUAUGUUUAAGAAUAUUACUCAACUGUCUGAAACCAUUGAAUCAAUUAAAUCCACACUGGCAUCGUUUUACAGAAACCAUUAAGGGUGUUGCAGAAAUGCUUUUAGAAAAACCUCAUCUAAGAUUGGAAUAUCAAUUGAAAGACUUUCCAGAACGACUUGUGAAUUAUUAUUAUCAAUUGUUAAAUACUUAUCACAAUUGGCUACAACCACAGUGUUCAGGAAUUGUCAAAUUGUACGGAGUAUUCAGUCUGAUUAAGAAUAAUCUCAAGAGUGUACAACAAAGAACAAGCCGAAAAACUGAAGAACAUUAUUUAAAGAAUUAUAAGAAAGUUUUCGAACAAAUAAAAACUACAAUGGAUGAUGUUACUAAUAUAUGGUCACGAUCAGGUGUAGCUCUUUGCUUAGAAUCACCUUAUCUUGCAUUAACCAACGGAAGACAUGAUCAAUGCUGGAAUGGAACAGCUAUAUCAAGUUUCAAUGAAGAGAAAUGUACAUUUUGUCAACAAGAGACCAAAGACUCCGUCGUCACUCAGUCCCAUUAUACUACUACUAAUAAUAAAAAUGAAAAAUCAACAGUACCAUCAUCAAGCAGAAGGCAACGUACAUCUUUUAUACCAUCCAGUGAUUCAAAACAGACAAGUACAAGUGAAACAGACGACCUUCUGUCGGCUUCAAUCGCUUCAACUAAUUACUUGUUAAAUAAUCCAUCAUGGAAUUCUCCAUUACAACAUGAUAAGGAAUUGGCUUUCCGACGAGCAAAUGAAAUCUUGGUAAGAGCAUCUAGAGAUCUUGAAUGGUCCGUAAAAACACUACUGGCUGAAACAAACUUUUACAAUUCGCUUAGUAGUACAAAAUCUUUUUCGAAUGGCAAUGAAGAUGUCAACAGAGCUGGCGUACAAAUUCCUAUAUCAGAGAAAAAUAGAAGUGCAGGGUCUAGACAAUAUGACUUUAACAGAAAAUCGGCUAAUUCACAAUCAGAUAUGACAAAUUCUUUCGGUGCAUUAGCAUAUGGAUCAAUUCUUGGCUGGAAUGCUCCAGAAGAAGAAGGCGACGAAGAAAGGCGUAGAUUAGUCACAAAUACAAGAAGUCGUAGUCCUUCAUCAUUCGACUCUUCUUCAAAACCUGUACGAAUGAGCAUGAAUCAAGAAAAAAGUAAUAAUAAGAAAAAGAAUUCAACUGAUAAAACUCAAACAUCGAAGGUAUUAGAAAGAAAUCCAAAUGUUGGAUCAGGUUUCAUACCCGGUUGGCCAUUGUACGCCUGGACUCCAAUCAACUCACCUGCAAAAGAUAAUCCUUACGAGAAACCAGUAGAAAGUAAUUUCCCCCAACAAGAAAUUAAUUAUGACGGAAGUGGCUUUCAUAAUCCCAAGGAUUCAAUCCCACCUUCCGGUGAAUAUGAUUAUCCUCAAAUGUUCCCUUUUGUUAAUAUGAAUUCUCAAGGUGUAGUAAACACACCGAAUUCAAGAUCUAAUGAAAAUUUAACGCAAACUACAAAUCGCUUACAAAAGCCAAAUAUUAAUAAUAAUAAUAAUCAAAAACCAGUCAUAAAUCCAUCAAAUAUGCACAAAACGAAUCAAACCAAUUCAAACAAAGAUUCCAAUGAAGAGAAGAAGAAGACGAAGAAAAAUGCUUCUGAUCGUGUUCAUUCUUUAAGUUUAAAAUAUUAUUAUAUCAUAGGCGUCAGCUUCUCUGUGAUGAUGCAUUGGUUUUCAUCGCUUACAGUAUAAUCAAUCAUUUUUAAAAGACUCACAAUAAAAAUUUAUUGCAUUGACACACAACACACAUUGCCUUGUCAUCCUUUAUUUUCGCACAUUCAAUCAUAUUGAUAAGCAAAAGAAAAACACAAAUAAACAUAUUAUAAUAUGCACAGAAAUUCAAGUAUUUUCUAAUAUCUUCAUUCUUGUCUCUCAAUGAAUAAUAAUAAUGAUAAUAUUUGCAAUCUAAGCUGUACAGUGUUCAUACACCUCGAUUCUUUUUAUAACUUUAAUUGAUGUUGAUAAAGCGAAGUAUUCAGAAGUAGAACACAAGAAGAAAGAAACACACGCCAGAAAUAACCCGUUGAAUACUUGCAUGAUAAUAACGACGACGACGACGGCGACGGCGGCGUCGAUUUCGCCUUGAGAUUUCAUUAUUUCCUGUUGGUUUUCUUAAAUUUUAAUCAUCCUUUAUUAUUAUUAUUCUCAUCACUCUUUGUACUGAAAGAUUUCACUCAGAUUUUGCAAUGAAACGAAAAUGUAAACCAUAAUUGUGUGUAUUUGAAGACCAAUAGGGGAAAACACUUGUGACAUUUUAACAAUAAUCAUUAAGGCGAAAGUUGGAGACGUUCUCACAACUUCCAUUUUUCUCCAUAUUCUAUUUUAACAUAUAUAUAUUAUUGUCUAUACACAUGGAAUUCUAAUCAGAAAUGCUAAUCUCUAUAUAAAUCAAAUGUGUGUACCAAUGUGCUGAUGUGCUGAAUACAAAGCAAUGAAAUGAAGUUGGAGAACAGGAAUGAAUGAACACUAUUCAAUAUUGAAUUUUGUUCAAAUUACUCUUCACCUAUUGAUCGUCUAUCAUUGAGUAUUAAAAAAUCAAGCCACAAUGAAAAACAAACACAGAGUAGUAGUGUACUAGUAGAAGUAUCAUUCCCUGAUGAUUCCAUACAAAAAUUAGACACUGGUAAAAGACGCAGGUCUGUUGCAUAAAGUGAUAGAUACAUUGAGAAGAUUUCUCUAUUCCUUAUCUAAAUGUUUUCCUAAUUUUAAUCAUACAUUUAUAUAUAUAUAAUAUCAAAUAUAUCUUUGAAUUUUGAAUUUUAAUCAGACGUAUAAGAUAAAAUAAA